UUUUCUUGAAAAGGCUCCAGGCUUCGGCUUGGAAAAUCCAACCGCCAAAAUUGAGCCCAGCAGCUGGAGCGGCAGUGAGAGCCCUGCCGAAAACAUGGAAAGAAUGAGCGACUCUGCGGAUAAGCCAAUCGACAACGACGCAGAAGGGGUCUGGAGCCCCGACAUCGAGCAGAGCUUUCAGGAAGCCUUGGCUAUCUACCCACCCUGCGGGAGGAGGAAAAUCAUCUUAUCGGACGAAGGCAAGAUGUAUGGUAGGAAUGAAUUGAUAGCCAGAUACAUCAAACUCAGGACAGGCAAAACGAGGACCAGGAAACAGGUGUCUAGUCAUAUACAGGUCUUAGCAAGAAAGAAAGUUCGAGAAAUUCAAGCCGCCAUUAAGGAUCAGACGGCCAAGGAUAAGGCCCUGCAGCACAUGGCCGCCAUGUCCUCGGCACAGAUCGUCUCGGCCACCGCCAUUCACAAUAAGCUGGGGCUGCCUGGGAUUCCACGCCCUGCCUUCCCGGGGUUCUGGCCAGGAAUGAUCCAAACAGGGCAGCCAGGAUCCUCACAAGACGUCAAGCCCUUCGUGCAACAGGCCUACCCCAUCCAGCCAGCAGUCACAGCCCCCAUUCCAGGGUUCGAGCCUGCAUCAGCCGCAGCUCCCUCGGUCCCUGCCUGGCAGGGCCGCUCCAUUGGCACAACCAAACUUCGCCUGGUGGAAUUCUCAGCCUUCCUCGAACAGCAGCGAGACCCGGACUCGUACAACAAACACCUCUUCGUGCACAUUGGGCAUGCCAACCACUCUUACAGUGACCCAUUGCUCGAAUCAGUGGACAUUCGUCAGAUCUAUGACAAAUUUCCUGAAAAGAAGGGUGGCUUAAAGGAACUGUUUGGAAAAGGCCCCCAAAAUGCCUUCUUCCUCGUAAAAUUCUGGGCCGACCUAAACUGCAGUAUUCAGGACGAUGCCGGGGCUUUUUACGGUGUAACCAGUCAGUAUGAGAGUUCUGAAAAUAUGACAGUCACCUGUUCCACCAAAGUGUGCUCCUUUGGGAAGCAAGUAGUAGAAAAAGUAGAGACGGAGUAUGCAAGGUUUGAGAACGGCCGAUUUGUGUACCGAAUAAACCGCUCCCCAAUGUGUGAAUAUAUGAUAAACUUCAUCCACAAGCUCAAACACUUACCGGAGAAAUACAUGAUGAACAGUGUUUUGGAAAACUUCACAAUCUUAUUGGUGGUAACAAACAGGGAUACACAAGAAACUCUCCUGUGCAUGGCCUGUGUAUUUGAAGUUUCAAAUAGUGAACAUGGAGCACAACAUCAUAUUUACAGGCUUGUAAAGGACUGAACAUGGUUAUUUAUAUAUAUAGAUAUCUGUAUAUACACACACACACAUAUGUGCACACACACACACACACUCCAUUAUUGAAUGACUGACUGUAAACCUCACCACACAGGGGGGUGCCCUGGCCCUGAGGUCACCCUGACUUUUCUAAAUCCUGUUUGAGUGAAGUCAUUAUUUUUUUUUUUCAUGUGUUCAUACUAUCAUUGUAGCUGUGAAGUUCUGGUACAGUUGUAAAAAGAGAAAUCUGAGUGGUUUCUAUGUGUUCUUCACAUCCGCAGCCCACAAUUCCUCGGGAAAGGUGAACCUUAAGAACCCGGGUCUCUGUCUGCAGAGACCUGUCUCUAAUUGUGGUAGGGAAAAAAAAAUUGAGACAGAACAUUUGCCAUGGGGCUUUUAUAGCCUUUAUACAAAUGUAUUUAGUUCUGGUUUUAUUUUGUUUUUUUUCCAACAUAAAAUUCUUGUUUUAAGAUACAAGUAAAAUUAAUCUUUAAAUAUAAAUGUAAAUUAGUACACAAAACUAAGAAUCUUUAGACUUAUCUUUGUAACUAAUUAGGGUGGAAGUUUUGAAAGAAUGUAAUUCACUAAAUUAUUUUUUAAAUGAAACUUUUCUUUCUUUUUGAAGCCAAAUGUUAAAAUAUAGCCUUAAAUGCUUGGUAGAAAUAUUCUAAUGAGACAAAUUUGUACUUUUUUUUUUUUUCUCAAGGUGAAAACUAAUCUCUUAAUCCAUUAAACUCUUGAACAGGUAUUACAAAGGAAGAAAACUUCACCCCUUAUCCUUAACAUAUAUAGUAUAUUUAAAAAAUAUAAAAUUGUAUUGUACUAAUGUGAUGAUUAUUUAAUGAAGAAAAAAAAAAGGAUGGCUCUUUUUGCAAUAAGUAGAUAAAUACUGAAAACCUAAACGUACAAAUGUUUAUAGUCUUGUGUGUGCAGUUAUAUUUUAUAUGGACAACCAAAUUUUUUACCAAGAUGAGUAAAUGUUUGAAUCACUGAAAUUUAAUAACAAAAAUUGAAAAUUGGCAUGAAUACUGCACUGUGAGCUGCAAAGUAGAGAAAAAUCCUGUGGCUGGGAGAAAUUUCACCAACCAAACAAGAAAAAGGCUCAUCAGUUUUAGCAUCUCUGCUCCCCAGAAAAUUGCAAGCAUCCUUUCCAGCCUGUGGAUAAAUUCUUUCUGGUGAACCAGUGUGCAUAGUAACCUGCCAUAAUGUGUGUGUCCAUGUGUGUUUGUGUACACAUCCACACAUAUACACAUACAGUUAUCAGACAUAUUUAAUGAACAUCUCUUUAAUGUCACCAGUUUGCUAGGUGCUGAUACGUACGUGUACACGUAUAUUUCAGUCUGUGUCCCUAGAUCUAGAUACCUUCUCAAAGGACAUCUGUUUCCUCAGCAUCUCUCGAUAGUCACAGUGCUUGUUUGACUGAGUUUGGAGAGGCCCAGCGUUCUCUCUGACUUUUUUUUUUUUUUCCAACAGACUCAUCUGGGAGGUUCUCCUCCCAGGAGAAAUUCAACUUUCCAACCCAGAUAUUCCAAAGCAUUGCCCAGGCAGAGUUGGUUCGAAGUGGCCGUGUGUCUUGGGUUAUUUCUGUAAGUGCUUCACUGGGAAGGAGACAGGGUUACACUCCCCAGCUUCCCAGAGGAAAAUGACAUUCUUACAAUCGCCAGGAAUAGAUUUCACACAAUAGAACGUGAAGUAAGUUUUUUAAGUUGUGAAACCUGUCGUGGCUUUUUUAUCAAGCCAGAAAAGAAAUACCUUGUUCUUUCACAUCCUAGUAACUUAUCCGUUUCCCUGUCCCACCACCUGCUCUGAUCCUGCUUGGAUAUUGGUUAGAGGGUCUGGUGUGGCUGGCUUGUGGCCAACAAGCCACCGGACCAAGCCUGACCUCUCUAAGACUCAUGCCACCGGUUCCUGGGAAGACCAGUGAAAAAAGUGCAAAACUUCUCCCAUUUGGAACGCACACCUCUCAUAUAAACCAGUAGGCUGAUGUCUGUCUUCCCUCCGUGAAAAAACUACCAUUUAUUCUCUGAUUCUAAAGGGUUUGAAGGAUUGCCCUAGUGGUCUGCCCUUUCAUCUGGCCUUCCAUGCAGGCACCGAAUCUUCUGCCGUAGUCAUCAUACUUAAUGACUUCUCUUGGGCAGCCCUCCUAGGAAUGUUCCUUUUGCUUCUGUCUCCCACAUCUUUCCUCAGUGGAAACCCCACUCUUCCAGGGCCAGGACCCUAUGAAGGGGGAGGUAAAGGAUCUUCUAUGUCCAGAGCCAGCCCAGAACUUCAGCGAGAGGAGUAUCUGAUUCCCAUUCCCACACAGGAAUGGGGCUCUUCUGUCUGCCAGGAGGCCUCUUGGGAUUUACUUUUCAAAGCACAAAUAGACCCCAGAAGAGCAGCUGGAGGGUGGUUCUGCUGGCUGAGGGAAGGGCACACCCCGGCCUGCUGAGCUCAUGGAGGCAGGCUGUGCCCUCCUCCCCCAGAUGCCUUUGGAGCUGAGUUUGGGGCAUUUGCAUGAACACGCUGGAGGAUAGCUUUUUGCUCUUAAAAACAUUUCUAGGAGCCUUAAAAUUUUUCUUCUCAUCUUGUUCUCCUAAAACUUUCUCUAGGGCAGAUAUUUUCCCUAUCUUAACCACGGAUCCAGUUACCCAAACCCUUGGCCAUCUCUGUCUCUGCCAAGUUAGGUGCUGGGGUGGGGUUUCUGUGGCGGUGCCUAAUGCAAGUCUGUCUGUAGUCUUUCAUCCUUUGUCGUAGUCUUCUCCCUUGAGCUGGCAAGCUUCCCCAACUAUAAAAAAGCCUUUCCAGGCCCCUGUCCUUACAGCUUUUGGGUACCAGGUCUCCUGGCGACCCUGCAUCACCAGCCUUGAGUCAGGGGCAUCUCAUACUUUCCUGGGGAGCAUGGAGGCCCAUCUCUCACAGCCAACCCAGGAGGGAGCUGAAAAACUGGACUCUGGUCUGUGGGCAUUCGUUUCCAUCUUAGCAAGAGCCUUAAAAUGACUGUCAGGACUUCUCCAGAACAGGUUCCAGAAUCCCAGAAGGUCUGUGUUACUCUUCAGUCAGGGGCUCUCAGCCUUGAUACUGUUGGCAAGUUGAGAGCAGUUCUUUGUCCUGCACCAUGUCCCGGGCCUUCCCCAUGCUCUCCCUGCUAUCGCCACGACCCAGAGUAUCUCCAGACAUUGCCACAUGUUCUGUGGAGCCCAAUAUGACCCCCAGUGGAGAACCCCUGCCCUAGAUCCUACAGGUCACAAAUACCAUAUUGGAGAUCUUCUUUUUCCCUUCCAAUCUCACCCCGAGAAAGCUGCUGCUGUCCCAGGAGCUUUGUUUCAGGUCAUGAAGAGGCAGGUAGGAAGGUUCCUCAAAUGACAUUACGUCCAGGUCUCUUCCCCUUCAGGGCAUCUCCCACAGCAGAGUCUGUCUUGCUACAGAGGCUUCCUUCAUUCAUCACUGGGGAUGUUGGGAAUAGCAGGUCACCCCCAUCCCCAUGAUCAUCUCGAACCUCUGUAAGGUGCAUCUGUGAUCUGAUCUUCAUUCCUCAGUUUACCAGCUUUAAAAGACAUCCCAGCUGUGUUCAUUAUUCUCGUAAGCAUCUGGGUCUCACGAUUGAAGCGUUCCUCAUUUCGGUAAGCUUCCUCUGGUCUUCUGCUUUCUGCCCUACACUCAGUGCUGUUUUUAGAAUUUAUGGAAGCCUUUGGAACACUGCAUCUUUAAGGUUGGAGGAGAGAGGGACCAGUUCUGGAAGCAGGGGGUGAUAGAUUUUUUUCCUUACUGAGCUAAAAGAGAGCACAACCUACUCUCUCCUUCAUUUAGCAGAUGAGAAAGUUGAGAUCCAGAGGGGAGGUGACUUGCCCAGAGUCACCCAGCUGGUUAGUGACGGAAUCAGGGUGCGGCUCUGGGACCUUGCCACUUAAUCCUUGGCCUCUUACAGUGAAGGUGGUUCCUCUUCGGUGCUCAUGCCUCAGUGAUCCCUACAAAGAUGUGCACAGGCUCAGUGCGGAGGACGGGGGGGACUAAGAACCUCCCCCUCAGCCAGAGCAUGGCAUCGACCCGAUGCUGACGCCGCUUCCCCCAUGGAGCCUCUGGUCUGAUUGGAGCUACACGAGGCAGCCACAAGCAGAUACAAAAGCUGAUGAGCCUUUUCACUUACCCUGAGGACAAUUCACCUGCCACAGAAUCUCGAGUCCAUUUUUUACCUGCUACGCAACCCAGCCGCCAUGUCCCACGCUCAGACCAGCCAAAAAGCAGCCCCUGUUCCCAGCACUUGGUGUUAAAAGUCCGCAAGUGAAUUUAACCCAAGUCUUCUCUAGGUCUCGAUACUGUAGUGGCUUUAGCAGUCUGUUUUUUGUACAACCUUAAAUUAUUUAAACCGGCUGAGAUGACAGUCAGUCUUACAAACCAGGUACAUAGGAUCUAAGUUCAUGUAUGCUCUGUCUGGUACACUACACCUGUCCUCACGAAGGGUAGAACCGAUCCCGUGCGUUGGCGUUCACACCCGUGACAGCGAGAGCAUAUGUCUGCAUCGCUUCUUUCUUUCUGUUGACGUUUCUGUGGCAAAGCCCUGCACGUGUCAUUUCUGAAAAGCCUUAAAUCUUUGAGACAUUGUGUGUAGGGUGUGCAGUGCCGAAGGCUGCCUCGGAACUGUGAGCCCUUUUGUAAGCUGGAAGCAUUUCUCUUACUACUGUUCCUUUUUUUAGGGAGUUUUAAAUUCAAAGCUGCCAAAGCGUUCCAGUAAGCAGUGCCUUAGUGAUACCUAGUCGUCCCCGGCCCUCCGCAUCCAUUCACAAAUUGGCCCCAUAUUUGAAACCACACAGGCAAAAA